UUCCAGGGGGGGGGGCUGGGGGCCCCCCCCCCCUCCUACUGGACUUCUUGCUGCUGUACAUCGCGUCUCUGUGUGGCCCGGGCCCUAAGGGUCGUCGCGUCCUCGCGCAAAUCCUCGCAAGGCUCGGCACGAGAAGGGGCGAAGCGACAACGGCCGUCGCCCAUUUCUGCGGAGUCGUCCAAAGAUUGGCGUUUUAAAAAACUAAACAAAAAAAAUAAAAUAUAUAAGAAAAAGCGCGCGGAGGCGUCGCCCUGAGACAAGCGGAACGUGUCCCGCCCGUAACCAGUAAGCUGAGCGUUUUAGUUUGGCGAUGGGAAAGUCUGGUAGUAAGCUAAGGCAAGAUCAACUAGAAGAUAUAACGAGGAGGACUUACUUCACUGAGAAAGAAGUCCAACAAUGGUACCGAGGCUUCAUGAAGGAUUGUCCUAAUGGGCAGCUCGACUCGGCCGCCUUCCAGACGAUUUAUCGCCAGUUCUUCCCGUUCGGGGACGCCUCCAAGUUUGCGUCGUUCGUCUUCAACGUGUUCGACGAGAACAAGGACGGGCGCAUUGAGUUUGGCGAGUUUAUCCAAGCGCUGUCGGUUACGUCGCGUGGCACCAUGGAUGAGAAGCUCAAAUGGGCGUUUAAGUUGUAUGACCUGGACAGCGAUGGCUACAUUACGCGGCAGGAGAUGCUGCACAUUGUAGACGCCAUCUACAAGAUGAUGGGCAACACGGUGGAGCUACCGGAGGAAGAAAGCACGCCGGAGAAACGCGUCGACCGGAUCUUCGCCCUCAUGGACAAGAACGCGGACGGACGCCUGUCUCUGCAGGAGUUUGCCGAGGGCUCCAAGGCCGACCCGUCUAUUGUGCAGGCGCUGUCUCUGUAUGAUGGCCUCGUGUAGCGUGACACGGCAUCGUACGACAGCAGCGUGCUGUGGUGCCAGUGCAAGGGCGCGCUGGUGCUUACCAAAGGGACUGUGUUGCACGGGUGCUAGCUGCCCUCAUGUUGACGCAUGGUGCCGGAGUGCUGGCGCAGCAUGCGCUGAUACUGGCGCAUGGUGCCCUGUGUAAAUGAAGAAUGUUACGAUGGGUACUGCAUGGCGUCCCAGUUGUAGUGCAGGGUGUCAUUGCUCUUGCACGGCAGCCUAAUGGCAAUGCAGUUUGCCCUUCUGUUAUCGCAGGGUGCCUAGUGUUAAUAUAGGGUGCCUAGUAUUAAUGUAUAGUGCCCUAGUGUUAAAGCAGGGUGCCUUUGUGUUAACACAGGGUGUCCUUGCACAAAUGAGGAAUUUUCUAGUGUUCAUGUAGAUAGCCUUAUGUUAAUGCAGGGUGCCCUAGUGUUGAUGCUGGGAGUCCUGUGUGUAUGGAGGGUGUUGGGAGAACAGCCCUGGAAGAUAUAACAGAACUGCUGAGGUCACUUGCAAAGUUAGGUAGCUAUAUCCACACUAGGAGCACACCUUUUACAUUUUUUUUACUAUUUUUAUUUAACCAGGUAAGGCCCACUGAGCUAUAUAGCUUCUUUUCAGAAGCGACCUGACCACAAAUGAUGGCUCAAUGAAGUGGCUCAUCACGUGGAAAUGUACAGCAGCUAAAUACUCCUAAACACACGCAAGCCCCGCACUUAACGUUCAUCACGUGUAAAUCAUGUUAAAAACAUUUUUGAUUCUCAGAGCUGAAAUGUUGCCAAAUUUAAGUAAAAAAACAUUUAAUAUGAUGGAUGUUUUGUGCUCAGUCACGAGUGCGACUGGGCUGUUUCCCUCAACUUGCUACACUUGAAAAAUUAAUUUUAAGCACAGCCGGUGGCUAAAAUCCUGGAACUGAACCCAGGUUGUCAGCAGUGCCAGCCCAGUACUCUGACCCCCUGAGCUAGCAGGCUAUCUCGCAGGGAUACCCUGGAAUUAAUGCCAGGUUUCUGUUUUACAAAUCGGUGCCGCACCUUGAAUGGGUUAAACUUGAUGCUUCCAAGUACGUAUGUAUGUAUGUUGAACUUCUUUUGCACCGUACGUAGUCAACCGUGCUAAUUGGAGGUGCGGGGGAAGGACAGCAAACUAAACACAAAACCUAUAGCACUGGCGGUAAUGCAUGUAAUGUGGCUCCUGGUGCAUGUUAAUGAUUUGGUCACCACACCCACAGAUUUUACAGUUUGUCAUGAUUCGGGGUCAUUAAUUGAUUCAAUAAUCGAUUCUUUUUUUCCGUCUCAUUACCAUCUCGUUAGCGUUGGUUCUCUCUCGUUUGGACUCUCGUUUGCUUCUUCAGCAGAGACGGCAACAUUUGCAUGUAAUCUGCACGAAUCACAAAAUGAUUGAUUCUCAAGCACACUAUUCAAUGCAUGUACUGAGAGCAAAAGAAUCGAUUUUAAUUGAACUUGUUAAAUUCCUUGUGGCUACACUUCACGUGGCCCCUGGUGAAUUGAUUGCUGCUGCUGUGAUUGUGCGGGUGUAAGAGCUUCUGCUAUAUUUUUGUAUAUAAGCGCGUGAUAAUACCUGGUACGGUUUUAUAUAUAAAUUUUCUUUUCGAAAAAGCAUGUGAAAAUUGUAAGCAAAGCCAGAGGUGGAUUAGAGGUGCAGUGGUUAGCGUGCUACGUUCUGAACCCGUCAUGCUAAGUUUAAUUCCAGGCCACGGCUACUGUCAGUAGCGAGUGAUCUCUAAAUUGGUUCCAGUUACCUGCUUUCAAUCUAUGAAUACUGCGCAAUGGUUACAACCUAGGUUAUAAAAGUUGCGCGUUUAUAAAGGUACUUCCACGUCACUCCCGCGCAUUUAAAGCGUCAGUGCAGUAAUGUCACUAGAGCACUCUGUGGUGGCAUGCUUGACUGACUUUAAAGUGUUAUUUUUCUCAUGAAACUUUGAACUUGUGUCACAUCGGCCAGGACACAGGCUAGGUACGUUUCUGCAAGAUAAGCCCUAUGUGUUUAUUGGGAGUGCGUUGUUAACACGCUGCACACACCUGAUUAUUGGCAAAUGCAUCUCACGAGAUGUAGAGAACAUGAUGGAGACCUUGUGCACCUGUUCUUGCAUACGGCUUUAUUUAAAGGAAUGCACAGAGGACGUGUUUACUAAUCAUAAGGUGUGUGCAGCAUGUGGUGCAUGGAUCUGUGUUUGGUAAAUGCGCUAGUGAACAAUGACUCCAGUUUAACAAGACCGUGUUUUGAGGCUUAACACUGGAGCCUCACUGUGUAUUACCUCUCCAAUUAAAACACGCCAACUCCAAUCGGCCAUCCCAAUGAGCAACAAUCAACCUUGCGCACCUGUUCUUGCAUACGGCUUUAUUUAAAGGAAUGCAAAGAGGACGUGUUUACUAAUCAUAAGGUGUGUGCAGCAUGUGGUGCAUGGAUCUGUGUUUGGUAAAUGCGGUAGUGAACAAUGACUCCAGUUUAACAAGACGGUCUUUUGAGGCUUAACACUGGAGCCUCACUGUGUAUUACCUCUCCAAUUAAAACACGCCAACUCCAAUCGGCCAUCCCAAUGAGCAACAAUCAACAAGUCAC